AUCGGAGGCCAAGAAGCGGAAGCACCGCUCUCCCAGCCCCAAAAGCAAGCACAAGGCCAAAGAGAAGAAGCGGAAGAGAUCCACCAGCGAAUCGGCCUCUCAGAAGAGCCGCCGCGAGGGCCCUUCCUCCUCCCCCGCCGCCUCCUCCUCCUCCUCCGCCUCCUCCCGCAGCCGGUCCCGCAGCGUCACCGCCGCCACCCACCAAGACACCGAAGAGCCGGGGCCGGUCCCAGCACCGGCACCGGCACCACCGGGCCCGGCCCCUGCACCGGAGGAGCUGCCGCCGCCACCGCUUGUCCCCGAUGUCCCCUCCGAGGAGCCCCAACCACCGGCGCCGGUUGUGAGCCCCCCCCCGGCGGCACCGACACCAACAGCGACCCCCCCCCCGGCACAAGCGACACCAACCACCGCAGCGGCAACCGACCCCCCCAGGCCCCCCCCCCCGCCUCCCCACCCCCUCCCCUCCCCCCGUCAUCCCCCAGCGCCGCCCCCCCCGCUCGCCCUCCCCGUCUCCGUCCCCCCCCCCCCCGCCGCGCCAAGAGCCCCCCCCCUGCCGUGACGUCAUCGCGCCGUGACCGCUCCCUGACCCCCCCCGCGCCGCCACCCCCCUCCUCCUCCUCCUCCUCCAAGCGCUCCCGGCCCCGGCGCUCGCGCUCCCGCUCCCGCCGCCGCUCCCGCACCCCCCCGUCGCGCUCCUCCCGCCGCCGCUCCCGCUCCCGCCGCCGCUCCCGCACCCCCCCUUCCCGCUCGUCCCGGCGGCGCCGCUCCCGCUCGUCCCGGCGGCGCCGCUCCCGCUCCCGCACCCCGCUCUGGCGCCCCAACUCCACCAGCCCCAUCCGCUGGCCCCUGCAGCGCUCCCGCUCCCGCUCGCCGGCCCCGCGCCGCCGCUCCCGCUCCCCCCGCGCCUGGUCCCGCUCCCGCUGGGCGCGCUCCCGCUCCCGCCGCCGCUCCCGCUCCGGCACCCGCCGCCGCUCCCGCUCCCGCCGCCGCUCCACCUCCCGCAGCCGCUCGGGCUCCUCGCCCCCGCCCCGCCGCCGGCGCCGCCACCGCAGCCGCUCCGACUCCUCCGGCAGGUCCCGGCGCGGGCGCUCCCCGUCCACGCCCCCCCCCUCGUCCCGCGGGAUCAAACGGGCUCACGGCGCCUCCCGCUCCCCGUCGCGGCAGCGGCGCCGCCGCAGCUCCACUCGCUCCCCGCCCCCCCCCGCCGUCCCGGCCCCCGCCGUCGCCCCCGUGUCCCCCCCCAAAACCAAACCCCCCUCCCCGGCCCCCCCCGCGCGCCCCAAAUGGGUGCCCAUUGCCGAGCUGCACCCCGCCGCCCCGCAGCCCCCCCCCGGCUUAGCCAAAGCUGCCGCCACCGCCACCACCGCGCCCCCCCCCGCCCCACCAGGGGGGGAGGCCAAAGCGGCUGCACCCAAGUGGGUGCCCAUCGGGGGGGCACCGGCGCAGCCAGCGCCCCCCGGCACCGAGGGAGGGGGUGUUGAGGGCCAAGGGGGGGCCGCCAAAGCGGAGGUGAAGCCGCAGCCUGAGGCCAAAGCCGGGGCCGGUGACAGCAAAGGGACACCGGGGGCCCCGGCACAAAGCACCGCCAAGGUGACCCCCCCAGCGGCACCGGCGCCACCGGCUGCGGCCCCCAAGGCCAUGGACAGCAAGAGCCCCAAAGCCACCCCCGAGGUGAAACCAGUGGCACCAGUGACACCAGUAACCCCAGUGACACCGGCGGCAGCGGCGCUCCCCAAGGCCAUGCCCGUGGUGACACCGGUGAGUGUCCCCAAGGCCGAGGCGAAGCCGGCGGUGCCCAAAGCAGCGCCAACACCCGCGGCACCGGCCGUCACCAGGACGCCGCCGCCACCACCCCCACCCGGCGGCCUCAAGCCGACGGCCCCCCCCAGGGUGUCCCCAAGCGCCGGCACCAAGCUGGGGACCCCCCCGCCGCCCCCCCCGGGCUUGCCGAGGGCCCUGACGGCCAAACUGCUGCCGGCGGCGCGCCUGGGGCUGCCCUCGUCCCCCGUGGCCGCCUCGGCGCUGCCGCCGCCCCACGGCCACCGCCUCCUGCCCGGCCUCAAGGUGACGGCGCUGCCACCACCCGCCAGCGGCACCGCAGCCGUCAAUGGGGCCGGCACCGCCGUGGCUGCUAAAGCCACCGGGGACUGUGGCACCAUCGCCAAGGCCACCGCUGCGGAUGCCACCGUCACCAAGGGCACCGCCGUUGGAGCCGCCACCAAGGCCACCAUGGAUGUUGUCACCGGCGUCACCGCCACCAAGGCCACUGCUGUGGCCACCGCUAUGGGCACCAGCGUCACCGCCAUGGCCGCCAGUGCCACCACCAAGGCCGCUGUGGACGCUGUGCCCAGUGUCACCACCACCACUAAGGCCACCAUGGAUGCGGUUGCUGGUGUCACCACCACCACCAAGGCCACCGUGGACACCAUAAGCAGCGGCACCACCACGGGCACCUCCGUUGGAGCCACCUCCAAGGCCACCAUGGACAUUGUCGCUGGUGCCACCCCCAAGGCCACCACUGUGGCCACCAGCGCCACCACCGUGGGCACCACCAAGGCCGCUGUGGAUGCCAUGACCAGUGUCACCAACGCCGCUGUGGCUGCUGCCGCCGUGAAGGCCACCAGCGAUGCCACCACCAAGGCCACCAUUGGCACCGUCCUCAUGGCCACCACCAAGGCCGCCGUUGGCCCCACGGGUGGCGCUGCCACCGCUGCGGAUGUCACCUCCAAGGCCACCGCCGUGGCCACCAAACCUGCUGUCACUGUCACCGCUGUGGAUGGGGGCAGCAAAUGUGCCACCGUCAGCCCCAGUGUCACCAGUGCGACCAGUGUCACCAGUGCUCGCAGUGGCACCAGCACCACCAGUGUCACCAGUGCCACCAGUGUCACCGUUGCUCCGAAGGACACCAGUGCUACCGGUGUCACCAGUGCCACCAGUGUCACUAUUGCUCCGAAGGACACCAGUGCUACCGGUGUCACCAGUGCCACCAGUGUCACCAUUGCUCCGAAGGACACCUGUGCCACCAGUGUCCUGAGCCAUCCCAGUGUCUCCAGUGCCACCAGUGUCUUCAGUGGGCCCAGUGUCACCAGUGUCCUGAGCCGGCCCACUGCGACCAGUGUCACCAGUGCAACCAGUGUCCUGAGCCGGCCCAGCGCGACCAGUAUGACCAGUGUCCCCACUGGGCCCACUGUCACCAGUGCGACCGGUAUCACCAGUGUCCUGAGCCGUCCCAGUGCGACUGGUAUCACCAGUGUCCUUACUGGGCCCAGUGUCACCAGUGUCCUGAGCCGUCCCAGCGCGACCAGUGUCACCAGUGCAGCCAGUGUCUUCAGUGGUCCCAGUGUCACCAGUGUCCUGAGCCGUCCCAGUGCAACCAGUGCAGCCAGUGUCCCUAUUGGUCCCAGUGUCACCAGUAUGACCAGUGUCCCCAGUGCAGCCAGUGUCCCCACUGGCCCCAGUGUCACCAGUCUGACCAGUGGCCCCACUGGUCCCAGUGUCGCCAGUAUGACCAAUGUUCCCGCUGGUCCCAGUGUCACCAGUGUCCUGAGCCGUCCCAGUGCCACCAGUAUGACCAGCGUCUCCAUUGCUCCCAGUGGCACCAGUAUGACCAGUGUCUCCAUUGCUCCCAGUGGCACCGCUCUGACCAGCGCUCCCAGUGUCUCCAGUGCUCCCAGUGGCACCAGUCUGACCACUGCUCCCAGUGGCACCAGUAUGACCAGCGGCACCAUUGCUCCUAAGGACGCCAGCGCUCCCGGUGUCCCCACGGCUGCCACUGGCGUCACCGUCACCCCCGCGGACACCGGCGCUCCCAGUGCCGCCGGCACCGCCAGCGGCGCGAUGGACACCACCGGCACCGCCGCAGCUGCGCCCAAGCGCAGCUCUUCCUCCUCGUCUUCCUCGUCCUCCUCCUCCUCGUCCUCGUCUUCCUCCUCCUCCUCUUCCUCGUCCUCCUCCGACUCUGACUCCAGCUCCAGCUCCUCCGAGUCCGGCCCCCCCUCGCCGGCGCCGCCGGGCCCCGCCCCUGCCGGGUCCCCCAGUGCCGCCGCCGCCGCCAGCGCCGCCGAAGGGACUGCGCCAGCGCCACCGGUCACCCCAGUUACGCCAGUGCCGGCACCAGUCGCCCCGGUCACAGCCCCAGCGACCCCAGCGGCCGCCGCGGAGCCCGCGGCAGGGCCCCCAUCGGCUGAGACCCGCGAGGGCCGCGCUGCCACCGUCACCCGCCGCAAGCGCCGCCGCUCCUCCUCCUCCUCGUCCUCCUCCUCCUCCUCGUCCUCGUCGUCCUCUUCCUCCUCCUCCUCCUCUUCCUCCUCCUCGUCCUCCUCCUCGUCCUCCUCUUCCUCCUCUUCCUCCUCCUCCUCCUCCUCUUCUUCCUCCUCCUCUUCCUCGUCCUCCUCCUCCUCCUCGGCCCCUCCCGCCGCUGCCGCUCCCGCCCCCCCCCAACCCUCCUCCUCCUCCUCCCCGCCCCCCCCGGACCCCCCCGACCCCACCCCUGCCACCCAACCCACCCCCACCCCCUCCAAGUCCCCCCCUCCCCCCGCCUCAGCCCCUCCCCCUUCCACCGCCACCCCCACCCCCACCUCCGAGCCCCGCCCCCCCCUCCUCUCCCUGGCUCCCGCCAAAACGGGGGGCGUGGCCACGGCGGCCACGCCCCUUGCCCGCCCCCCCGGCUCCCUCCUGGCCCUGCCCACCGCCCCCCCUGCUUCCUCAUUGGCCCGCGGCGUCGGGGGCGGGGCCAGGCCUUCGCCGCGCCCCUUGGCCCCCCCGGGGUCCCUGCUCAGCCUCACCCCGGCCCGGGUUGGGGGUGGGGCGGGGGGGGGGGUGUCCCCGAGGGGUCCCUUCCCCCUCCUCGGCGGUGGGGGGGGCGGGCGAGGAGGGGGCGGGGCUUUCCCGCGCCCGGCCACGCCCUUCUUGGCCACGCCCCCCGGGCGCGCGGGAGGGGGCGGGGCUUACCCCCGGAGCCCCGCCUCCUCCUCCUCCCCUUUCCUGCGCGGUGGGGGGGGGGGGCAGCGGGGGGGGGGGCGGUGCUGGGGGGGGUGUGUGCGGGUUCCGCUCGUGCCUCCAUCGUUUCCAGGGUAACGGGCUUAUGGGAUGCGGCGGACGUAUGGGUGGGAGCUGCCUGCACCGUUUCCAUGGUAACGGGGGCCUCGGGGGGGCGGGGCUGGGGGGCUGCGGCGGCAGCCGAUUGGUCGGGCUGUGCGGGCAGCGGGCAUCCCUGGCAGCCAAUUGGGGCGCGGCGGGGGGGGGCGGGGGGUGCUGUUGCCAUCACCACCAUCACCAUCACCCCCCGCACCCCCAACUCCAUCCCCGCGUCGGGGGGGGGGGCCACGGGGGGGGGGACCCCGCCGCGUGCACCCUCCCCCUUCGCCAUCACCCCGGCCAUGGCGUCCCGCAUGGCCCAGUACGGGAUGGGGGCGUCCCAGUAUAGCAUGGGGGGGGGCUCCUCCUCGCAGUACAGCAUGGGGGGGGGUGUCCCAGUACAGCAUGGGCUCGGCCCAGUAUAACGCCACCUUGUCCCAGUACAACAGCGCCCAGUACCAGUAUGCCAUCAGCUCCCAGUACGCGGCUGGGAGCGGAAGCGCCGCGUCCCAGUACGCCCAGUACGCCCAACUGGCUGCUUCCCAGUACACCCCCCCCAGCAGCGGUGAGGUGACCCAGUACACAGCCACCACCACCACCGGGGCGGGGGGGGACUCCCAGUACAGCACCAGCGCGGCCCAGUACGCGGCCAGCGCCGCCCAGUACGUGGCAUCGGGGGCGGCUGCGGCGGCGGCGGCAGCGGCCGCGGGGGGGGGGCGGGACGGAGGCCGCCCAGUACGGAACUGGGAGCCAGUAUGGGGCCAGCGGGGGGCAAUGGGGGGACGUGGGGCAAGAGGCCGCGUGGGCCACCUCCGGGGCCGUGGCCACUGGGGGGGGCGCGGGGGUCACUUGGGGGUCUUGGGUGUCGCCUGCCCCAUAGAGGGUGCCCUCCCUCCCCCCCCGCCACGUUUACUGACCCAUAAGCGUACAUGUAUGUGAGCCGCCCCCCCCCCACCCCCCCCGCACAUACGUGACACGCGACACGCGUGUGGAAGGCGCGGAGGCCUCGGCGGCGCCCCUCCCCCCCCCCACCGUGGGAACGGGCCCAGCCACGUGGUGCCCGCGCCGAGGACCAAUCAGCUGCUCCCAGGGGGCCCCCGCAGUGGCCGGUGGCCGCGCCCCAUAGCCCUGGAGCCCCGCCCCCUCUGUCUCCAAGCCCCGCCCCUUCUCGCGUUAGCCCCGCCCCCUUUAAAGCCCCGACCCCCCCCUUUUUGUGCGUGUUUUACAGAUAAAACUGGCCAAUGGCA